UCUGCUGCCUGUUUUCUCUUGUUUCCCUUCCCCUGUCCUGCUGCCUGGGUGCCCAGACGUGUUCAGCCAAGGCGGUUUGAAGCUCAUGACUCCUCUCUCUUUGCCAGGCUGUUUGUCUCACUCUCCCUUCCCCCUCCUUACAGCACUUCUGACACCAUGGGAUUAUUUUUCUUUUUCCCCUUGCCUUGUAGCUUUUGGCUCCCAAGGCCCUUGAUUUCCUUUGGAGUUUGGGAGGAGAGACAUGAGGAGGAGGGGGGGGGGUGGAGAGGCUGCCUUUCCUAGGGCCUUCGUCAGAGCGAAGCGGUCAGGAAGAGCCACAGACCUUCAACGCCAGAGAGCACCGAGGCACUGGGGCAGGAGCCGCGAGAUCACACCCCUCUACAGCAGACAAGAUGAAGCAGCUCUUCCUCCUCUUCCUCCUCGGGCUCGUUGCCAGCUCCUUGCAGAUUGAAGACAACAAGAUUCCUGGGCUGUGCUCAGGGCAGCCGGGCAUCCCGGGAACUCCAGGCCUGCACGGGGGCCAGGGUCUGCCAGGCAGAGACGGACGAGACGGCCGGGAUGGGACGAUGGGGAUGCCGGGGGAGAAGGGCGAGAUGGGCCCUCCUGGAGCACCUGGUCCCCGCGGGGAGGUGGGCAGCCCCGGCAUGGAUGGCAUGCAUGGUGAGAAGGGGGCACAGGGCGAGUGUGCGGUGGCCCCCCGUUCAGCCUUCAGCGCCAAGCGGUCCGAGUCACGCAGCCCACCACUGGUUGACCAGCCCAUCCGCUUCGACGUGGUGCUCAUCAAUGAGCAGGGCCACUAUGACCCCACCACGGGCAAGUUCACCUGCGAGGUGCCUGGCCUCUACUACUUUGCCGUCCAUGCUACUGUCUACCGUGCCAGCCUCCAGUUUGACAUCAUGAAGAAUGGCCAGUCCAUCGCCUCCUUCUUCCAGUACUAUGGGAACUGGCCCAAGCCCACCUCGCUCUCGGGGGGUGCCCUGGUCCGCCUAGAGCCCGAGGACGAGGUGUGGGUACAGGUGGGCGUCGGGGACUACAUCGGCUUCUACGCCAGCGUCAAAACGGACAGCACCUUCACCGGCUUCCUCGUCUACUCCUACUGGCAAAACUCUGCCGUCUUCGCCUGAGCCUGACCUCGGCUGCAGCCGGGGCUAGGGCGCAUGACCCUUCCCAGCCACCAGUGCCCUGGGGAGGGUGGUGCCAGGGACCGGCUGCGUGGGAGCCAGGACACCAGGACCCCCACCCCACUCCACUGCUGCCACCCAGCACAGGGCAGGAACACAGCCUCUCUGCCGCCCUGGGGGUGGCGGGGAGCAUCCCUUCAGCAGCACUGUAUAAGAGCUAAGUAUUAUCUCAGGCACCCAGCCCCGGGACAAGAUGCCCACGCUGGGGAGCUGUAGUAACCUGGUUGACGUAUGUUACUCACCAUAGCCGCCUCGGCACACAGUGUAGCCCUGCCGCACGGGCACGGUACCCCGGCCCGUGCUGCCAGCUUCUCUCUGCACAGAGCGAGCCCAGGCUGCCGGCCGCUGGCACGGCAAGGGGCCCACCGCGGUCCUGGCAUGCCCCAGGGCUAGCAGUCACCCCGGCUCCCUGCCCUCCGGCCGCCCCAGCACCUUCCCUUCUUCCUUCACCUCAAUAAAGGGCUCCUCAGCCACGCGUGUG